AUGAUUGACAAUCACCGAGGUUUGCAUGAGAUGUUGUCAUAUGCUUUGUUGGGUUAUCGGACGACUGUCAGAACAUCGACUGGAGCUACCCUAUACUUGCUAGUAUAUGGAACAGAAGCAGUCAUACCGGCUGAAGUGGAGAUACCAUCUUUGAGAAUUAUCCAAGAAGCUGAGUUGAGUAAUGCUGAAUGGGUUAGCAAGAGAAUUGAUCAGUUAACUUUGAUUGACGAGAAGAGAAUGGUUGUCGUUUGUCACGGCCAACUAUAUCGACAGAGAAUGAUUCGUGCUUUCCACAAGAGAUUCAGAGCUAGAACUUUUGAAAUUGGUCAACUGGUCCUUAAGAGCAUUUUUCCUCAUCAAGACGAGUACAAAGGAAAAUUCGCACCAAACUAG